AUGAUGCAAGCAUUCUCCGAAGAAAUAAAUAACAAGAACGUAUCCUCUGGAAAUGGAAGAAAGACAUGCACGGGUUUAAAUGAACAAGUUCCGGGGUUCAGUUCAAACCCUUAUGGCAUCCUGUUUAAUCGUCGACAAGAACGAGUUUACUCAUCUUACCUGGAGCUGAAUCUUGAGGAUGUUGAACCUUGUAUCUCAGGACCUAAGAGACCUCAUGAUCGGGUUCCUUUGAAGGAAAUGAAGGCUGAUUGGCAUUCUUGUCUUGAUAACAAAGUUGGCUUCAAGGGUUUUGCUGUACCCAAAGAAUCACAAGAUAAGGUGGCAAAAUUUUCAUUCCAUGGGCAGCCGGCUGAAUUCAAGCAUGGGAGUGUUGUGAUUGCUGCCAUUACUAGCUGCACCAACACAUCGAAUCCCAGCGUCAUGCUUGGAGCUGCUCUAGUAGCGAAAAAGGCUUGUGAACUUGGAUUACAGGUCAAGCCAUGGAUCAAAACAAGUCUUGCACCUGGCUCCGGUGUUGUCACUAAGUAUCUACUUCAGAGUGGGCUGCAGAAGUACUUAAAUCAGCAGGGAUUUAACAUUGUGGGAUACGGAUGCACUACUUGUAUUGGAAAUUCUGGGGACUUGGAUGAAUCAGUUGGCUCUGCCAUCUCAGAAAAUGGCACUGUUAAAUGUUCUCUAGCACGGAGACAUACUGCCUUGUGUUGGGCUUCCUUUGUUUAA